GCCACGUCAGGCUGAAGGGUUCCACCCACUUGAUCCGUUGGUUCGAAUGAUUCUUAUCCAUUGCUCCUCUGCUAUGUCAUGGAUUGCAUUAGGAGCCCAUUUAGUUCUAAUUUUUGGGCUGGUUCGAUGAUCCUAUGGAUCGACCCGCUCCACCCCCAUCGUGAGGAUCAUCCCCUAGUGUGGAGAAACAAUCGUCAACGAACUCCACCUCCGCAGUCAGCCUCCACCUCCACCUGGGGCACCACCUCCCCCCUUUUGCUUGUCCGCUCCCGCGUGUCCCCGAUUCCACUCCCGGCUGCUGCUCCGCUUUCCUCUCCACUCUGCUGCCGCUGGGCCUGCUGGAUCUGCACCGAGCCCGGCAGACUAGCGGCGCCGCCUUCGACUCUACCUGACCCAGCCGCCAGCCGGCUGCCGUGCAGGUGCAGGUGCACCAAUCCAGGCGCCGAUGCUGCCCUCCACCCGCGGCAGCAGGCCGCCGCAGAGGCCCGCCGCCAGAUCCUGCUCCUCCGCCUUAUCAGAGAUCAUGGACCUGUCGUCGUCGGACCCGAAGCGCAAGCCGCGGUGCCUCAGCAAGGUGGUCAUGCUCGCGCUCCUCGCCGCCAUGUGCGUCGUCAUGCUCACCCAGCCACCAUGCCACAGGACAAGGCCUCCCACACCCACCCUGUUCUCCAUCCAUGAGCCUGGGGUCACGCACGUGCUAGUCACCGGUGGCGCUGGCUACAUCGGCUCGCACGCCGCUCUUCGCCUGCUCAAGGACUCCUUCAGAGUCACCAUAGUGGACAAUCUUUCGAGAGGGAAUAUCGGGGCGAUCAAAGUUCUCCAGAACCUGUUUCCAGAGCCUGGGCGGUUGCAGUUCAUACAGGCUGAUUUAGGAGAUCCAGAAGCUGUUAAUAGAAUAUUUGCAGAGAACGCAUUUGAUGCUGUUAUGCACUUUGCUGCUGUGGCCUAUGUUGGUGAGAGCACGCUUGAACCUCUUAGAUACUAUCAUAACAUCACCGCAAACACUCUAGUGGUGCUGGAAGCUAUGGCUACACACAACGUGAAGACUCUCAUCUACUCUAGCACGUGUGCGACCUACGGAGAGCCUGAGAAGAUGCCCAUCACUGAAGGAACUCCCCAGUUUCCGAUCAACCCAUAUGGUAAGGCCAAGAAAAUGGCGGAGGAUAUCAUCUUAGACUUCUCAAAGUCAAAGAGAUCAGACAUGGCUGUCAUGAUUCUAAGAUACUUCAAUGUCAUUGGUUCUGACCCAGAAGGCAGAUUGGGUGAAGCUCCUAGACCUGAAUUGCGUGAGCAUGGCCGUAUAUCGGGGGCAUGCUUUGACGCAGCACUGGGAAUCAUUCCAGGUUUAAAGGUUAAAGGUACCGACUAUGAAACACCUGACGGCACUUGUGUAAGAGAUUACAUUGAUGUCACCGACCUUGUUGAUGCCCAUGUGAAGGCGCUCAACAAGGCACAAAGAGGCAGAGUUGGUAUAUACAAUGUUGGCACUGGAAAAGGUCGGUCAGUGAAGGAGUUCGUUGAUGCCUGCAAGAAGGCAACUGGAGUCGACAUCAAGGUUGACUACUUCCCUCGCAGACCAGGCGACUACGCGGAGGUAUACAGCGACCCUGCCAAGAUCAACAAGGAGCUGAACUGGACGGCGCAGCGCACCGACCUCCAUGAGAGCCUCAGGGUGGCGUGGACAUGGCAGAAGGCGCACAGGAGUGGCUAUGAGCCGCCACAGGCUAUGAUUUUGUGAAGAGGUUCUGGAUGGGUGAAGUUUAGGUGAACAUAGUUUUACUAGAGACCUCUCCUCGAGGGCUCUUAGUCACUCACAGGCGUCAGUUCAUAUAUUAUAUAUAGCCAUUCGUUCGAUUCUUCAGGAUUCAUAUUUAUCGCGGGCAUUAGCUGAUGAAUGUAAUAAGAUUCAUAUUUAUAACAGGCAUUAUUAACUGAUAAAUGUAAUAUCAUCAUAAUAUAGACAUAUUCGUUAUAUGAGGUUAUAUAAUUAUUUAAAAAAAAAGUUCAACGAGA